GUCUUCAAUCACUUGAGAGAGAAUGGCCAAAAAAUAUGAGGGACCUGCAAUAGGAAUUGAUUUAGGCACCACCUAUUCAUGUGUUGCUGUUUGGCAGGAACAGAACAAUAGAGCUGAGAUCAUUUUCAACGAACAAGGAAAUAAAACUACUCCUUCCUUUGUUGCUUUCACUGAUACUCAAAGAUUGAUUGGUGAUGCUGCCAAAAAUCAAGCUGCAGCAAACCCAUCAAAUACUAUCUUUGAUGCAAAGAGGUUAAUUGGUAGGAAAUACAACGAUCCCAUUAUUCAGGAUGAUAUUAAGCUGUGGCCCUUUAAGGUCAUUGCUGGAACUGAUGAAAAACCCUCUAUUGUUGUUAACUACAAGGGUGAGGAGAAGCGCCUUGUCCCUGAGGAAGUCUCAUCCAUGGUUCUGUCAAAGAUGAAGGAGAUUGCUGAGGCCUUUUUGGGGUCACCAGUGAAAAAUGCAGUUAUCACUGUGCCGGCUUAUUUCAAUGAUUCUCAGCGAAAAGCCACCAAAGAUGCUGGUGCUAUUGCUGGCCUCAAUGUUAUGCGGAUAAUCAAUGAACCAACUGCUGCAGGUCUUGCUUAUGGCCUUCAGAAGAAAUCUAGUUUUAAUGAAAAGCGAAAUGUGUUCAUCUUUGAUCUCGGUGGCGGCACAUUUGAUGUGUCUCUUCUCACAAUAAAAGAUGAUAAUUUUGAAGUGAAGGCCACUGCUGGUGAUACUCACCUUGGAGGAGAGGACUUUGACAACAGAAUGGUGGAUCAUUUUGUUAAGGAGUUUAAGAGAAAGUACAAGAAGGAUAUUAGUGAGGACCCAAGAGCCCUGAGGAGGUUGAGAACUGCCUGUGAGAGGGCAAAAAGGACACUCUCAUUUUCUGUAGAUACCACAAUUGAGGUUGAUGCUUUAUUUGUGAAUACUGACUUCUCUUCAACAAUUACUCGCGCCAGGUUUGAGGAACUCAACAUGGAUCUAUUUAUAAAGUGUAUGGAGACAGUUGAGAGGUGUCUUAAUGAUUCUAAGAUAGACAAGAGUGAUAUUGAUGAUGUUGUCCUUGUUGGUGGUUCUUCUAGGAUUCCCAAAGUUAUGGAGUUAUUGGAGGAAUUUUUCAAGGGUAAGGAUCUGUGCAAGAGCAUCAACCCCGAUGAGGCUGUAGCUUAUGGUGCAGCUGUCCAAGCUGCUUUGUUGACUGAAGGUGUUAAUAAUGUUCCAAACUUGGUGUUGAUGGAUGUGACACCACUGUCUCUUGGUAUAAACACAAAAGGAGAUCUCAUGAGUGUAGUGAUUCCUAAGAAUUCUACAAUUCCUGUUAAGAACACACAAGUAUACUCUACAAUUGAGGAUAACCAAUUAUCAGCCUUGAUUGAGGUUUAUGAGGGCGAGAGGACUAUAGCAACUGAAAACAACUUGCUGGGUUUGUUUAAUCUUUCAGUUCCUCCUGCUCUGCGAGGCCUUCCUAUCAAAGUAAGCUUUGCUAUAGAUUUUGAUGGUAUAUUAAAUGUCUCUGCAGAGGAAGAAACCACUGGUAAUAAAAAAGAGAUUAGUAUAACAAAUGAAGAUGGAAGGCUUUCAACUGAAGAAAUUGAGAGAAUGAUUCAAGAAGCUGAGAGUUUCAAGGCUGAAGAUAUGAAGUUCCAGAAGAAGGUGAAAGCAGUGAAUGCUGUUGAUGAUUAUGUUUACAAUAUGAAAAGAGUAAUGAAGGAUAAGUCUGUUAGUUCUAAGCUUUCCCCGAUGGACCAAGUCAAGAUCAAUUCAGCAAUUUUAAAGGGGGAAAAUUUGCUUGAUGGUGAACAGCAGCAAGAUGCGUUUGUGUUUGUGGACUUGUUAAGGGAGCUUAAGAACAUGUUUCAACCUGCUAUGGCCAAGAUCAACAAGGGUCUGACUGAUGAGGAUAGUGAUGAGGAUUAUUAUUAAAAAAUUGUUAUAAUUUUUUUGGCAUGUUCUAAUUUCUGUCUUUCAUAUUUCUAAUGUUACAUUGCUUGUUUUGCUUCUUUGAU